GCCCUUUUGCUCUGUGAUUUAUACUUCGAUAUUGAAGCCUUAGUCUCUUUCGACUUUCCUUCAACCGUCUUAGUCAAUACCAAGUACGACGCUCCAAAGACAAGGAGACAGAUAGAGGUGGACCGUGAGGUUACGCCUCGAAGGCUUGGGUAUGGAUCCAUGAGUUGAAGAAAUGGCUCCCGUGUCAGAUUGGAGAUCUUCUCUUAGAGCAGUGGAUCGAUAUGCCAAUAUAGAAAAGCUGAAAAGAGCCAUCGAAGCCAAAGGCUUGAGCUCUACUGGUACUGCCCACAAAGCCGCCUUUGCUGCUGAAACUGAUGCCUACAAUACCUCUGAGUCCAGAGAAGCUUACGAUGCAGCUUGCAAUGCGAUCACGAGCCAAGAGCCGCCAACGGACGACUCCAGUUUCCUUCAGGAUCCCGAUGGUCCAGGAAUUACAAUAGGGCGGUUCCAGAACUGCCACCAUAUUGCGAGUGGUCUAGUUUCUGAGGUCUAUAAAUCUGAGGCUGUGGCAUUGAAAGUGAUCACCGAGACUCACAACGUCGAGCCCCACAACCCCGGGCGAGAAGUGAAGAUACUCCAGCAGCUAUCCCAUGCGUCAAUAAUCAAGCUCUCAGAGACCUGCAGAGAUCAAGAUGGCAGACUCGUUAUGGUCUUUCCAUUUAUGCCUCUCACACUUGCAAAGAUCAUCAGUUCAGGACCAGUCUCUCCUGAUCUCACGCGGAGAUGUUUCCACGACCUCUUCUCGGCUCUCGCAUACCUUCACGGGGAAGGUAUCAUACAUCGGGAUGUUAAGCCAUCCAAUCUCCUGCUGGCUUCUCCCAAUGGACCUGCAUACCUCUCAGAUUUCGGCACUGCCUGGCAUCCUACUCUCUCGACCAACGAGCCAGCUCAUCACAAGAUUCUAGAGGUCGGCACAACGUGUUAUCGCGCUCCUGAAACAUUGUUUGGUAACAGAUCAUAUGGUUCUGGUAUUGAUAUGUGGGCUGCGGGUGUAAUGCUUGCUGAGUGUGUCCAAACACCACCCAAAGCUCCCUUCGAAUCGAGGGAUACGUCAGAGGACGGAAAUCAGCUGGGUUUGAUCUUGAGUAUCUUCAAGACUAUAGGUACGCCGACAAAGGAGACGUGGCCCGAGGCUGUAAAUUUCAGCACACCUCCCUUUGAGUGGUAUCAAGAAUUCCCAGGGCAUUCGUGGGAUGAACUAUUGCCAAACGCGGACGAGGAGGCGAAAGAUUUGAUUAAGAAGUUAGUGCGCUAUGAAAGUGGAUCGAGGUUAACAGCUAUCCAGGCUUUAGAACAUCCGUACCUGGCAGCAAAGGGAUAAAUUUAGAUUCUAGAUUUAUGCAGGAAUCGUCGUCAUUCUUCUUGGAAUACUAUGACUUUUUCCAGCCAUUUGACAGAAAUUAGAUCAUCUGGAUUACCAUGAUGGUUUUAAUAUUUGAAGUAACGGCUAUGGGUGGCUAAGGUAUCUGGAUAUCGUCAAUGUUUGGUGUGAUUCUAGUGAUUCUGGAAAUUGACGACCAGCUUCUCUCAACAACCACAUCUGACAUCCUUGG